CGCGUGACGUGCGGGGGGAGCGGAGUGGGGCCGCGCGCGCUCGCGGCCCCCGCCCAGCUCAGGCUGCGGGCGGAGCGGGCCCAAGCCCGGCCCGGCCCCGGCGCGUCCCGCGGGCCCGGCGCACCCCGGGCCUGCACAGUUAUUUGUGAAUGAAUUUGGCUGAAUAUGGAUCCUGGUGGCGGAAGUCUUGGAUUGCAAACACAGGAAUCCAAAAUGCCUCACACUAUGAUCAUGCAAGAUUUUGUGGCUGGAAUGGCUGGCACUGCUCACAUUGAUGGAGACCACAUUGUUGUGUCAGUCCCCGAAGCUGUCCUGGUUUCUGACAUGGUCAUGGAUGAUGGGAUAACCCUUGAUCAUGGCUUGGCAGCUGAGGUGGUGCAGGGGCCUGACAUCAUCACAGAAACAGACGUUGUCACCGAGGGCGUCAUUGUUCCCGACUCUGUGUUGGAGGCUGAUGUUGCCAUUGAGGAGGCUUUGGACACCAGUGACCACGUUUUGACUUCUGACCUGAUCACAGAAACCGUGCGAGUUCCUGAUCAGGUGUUUGUGGCAGACCUUGUCACGGGCUCUGAGGGACACUUGGAGCACAUGGUGCAGGACUCCAUGGCCAGGGCUGAGUUGCCCACCAUGGUCUCGGAAGAGGUGCUGGUGACCAACUCGGAUUCGGAAGCUGUCAUCCAGGCAGCUGGGACUGUCCCUGGCUCCACAGUCACCAUCAAAACUGAGGAUGACGACAAUGGCAAGAGCACAUCUGAAGACUACCUGAUGAUAUCUUUGGAUGAUGUUGGAGAGAAAUUGGACCAUAUAGGAAGCACUCCCUUGAAGAUCAGUACCGAGGUGGCAAAUAAUGAUGUUGCUAAAGAUGAUGGCUUUGGUUCAGAAGUUAUCAAAGUUUAUAUAUUUAAAGCUGAAGCUGAAGAUGAUGUUGAAAUAGGUGGGACAGAAAUUGUCACCGAGAGUGACUUCAACAAUGGCCAUUCUGUAGCUGGAGUCAUUGAACAAGGAGGUGUUGGGAGAAUGCAGCGAGAAAAAAUGGUUUACAUGGCUGUUAAGGACUCUUGUCAGGAAGAUGAAGAUAUUAGCUGUGCUGAAAUAGCAGAUGAAGUUUAUAUGGAAGUUAUUGUAGGGGAAGAAGAAGCCACAUCCCUUCCAGACACUCACCUUGAGGACUCUGGCGUGAAUAAAACAUUUGUCCCCGUUGCUUGGGCUGCUGCUUAUGGAGAUGAAAGAAGGCUUCCCCGAAGAUACGAAGAUGGUCAAGCGGCAGGAAAUAACUUGGAUACACGAUUAGAAAACAAAAACGGUAAUGCAACACAGUACCUACAGAUUUGUGAUAGCAUUAGCACUAAUAGAGUGUUCAAACAAAAAACCAAGAAAAGGAGGAGAGGAGAGGCCAGGCAAUGGCAAACAGCUGUUAUAAUAGGUCCUGAUGGACAGCCCUUAACCGUUUACCCUUGUCAUAUUUGUGGGAAAAAAUUUAAAUCCAGAGGAUUCUUGAAAAGACAUAUGAAGAACCAUCCUGAUCAUAUGAUCAAGAAGAAGUACCAGUGUACAGACUGUGACUUUACAACUAACAAAAAAGUAAGUUUCCACAAUCAUCUGGAAAGCCAUAAACUUAUAAAUAAAGUUGAUAAAAUGCACGAGUUUACAGAGUACACAAGAAGAUACAGAGAGGCAAGCCCGUUGAGUUCCAAUAAACUCAUCCUGCGGGACAAGGAGCCCAAGCUCCACAAGUGCAAAUAUUGUGACUAUGAGACUGCAGAGCAGGGGCUGCUCAACAGGCACAUGCUGGCAGUCCAUAGCAAGAACUUCCCUCAUGUGUGCGUGGAGUGCGGGAAGGGCUUCCGCCACCCCUCGGAGCUGAAAAAGCACAUGAGGACCCACACGGGGGAAAAGCCAUACCAGUGUCAGCACUGCGUGUUCAGGUGUGCUGACCAGUCCAACCUGAAAACUCACAUCAAAACCAAACACAGCACCGACCUGCCCUUUAAAUGUGAGCACUGUCCCCAGGCCUUCGCCGACGAGAAGGAGCUGCAGCAGCACACCGAGCUCUUCCAAGGGCAUAAGACUCACCAGUGUCCCCACUGUGACCACAAGAGCACCAACUCCAGUGACCUGAAGCGACACAUCAUUUCAGUGCACACCAAGGAUUUUCCCCACAAGUGUGAGGUGUGUGAGAAAGGCUUCCACCGGCCCUCAGAGCUCAAAAAGCAUAGCGAGACCCAUAAAGGGAAAAAGAUCCACCAGUGUAGGCACUGUGACUUCAAAACCUCCGAUCCUUUUGUGCUCAGUGGGCACAUCCUCUCCAUUCACACCAAGGACCUGCCUUUCAAAUGCAAAAGGUGUAAAAGGGGCUUCAGGCAGCAGAACGAACUGAAGAAGCACAUGAAGACCCACAGUGGCAGGAAGGUGUACCAGUGCCAGUACUGUGAGUACAGCACCACGGACGCAUCGGGCUUUAAGCGCCACGUCAUCUCCAUCCACACCAAAGACUACCCCCACAGGUGUGAGUACUGCAAAAAGGGCUUCCGCAGGCCCUCUGAGAAAAAUCAGCACAUAAUGAGGCACCACAAAGAGGCUAUAAUGUGAUACGUGAGCUCCAGAAGGAAGCGAUGUAGAUAUGCUAAUUGGGAAAAAAAAAAAAUCUCAUGAACUGUUUCUCCUGGUUUCAAAGCUUGAUAUUAAACCAUAACUUUACAUUCUUUGUAUUAAAAGUCUUAAAAAGUAUUAGGGUUGACAGGGGAUCUCAUAGCCCUAUGAUGGUUGCUGAUCAAAACCUAAAGAGCACUAGAGAAUGCAGAGGAUGAAUGAAUGUCUUAAAUUUGCAGAAAGAUGGAUGAAUGUCUCCAAGUGAACAGUAUUUGCCAUUGCUGAGUCUAGAGGACAGGGCAGAGGGGAUUGUGUGACCCAUUCUGUCAGUCUCAAUGUGUGUCUCCAGUAUGGAAACAGAUCCCUGGUGGGGUGAGCUACAGAGGGUUUGCAAAGGAUCCCCCUCUUCACUUCUUGUGCAGUUUGGAAUGGGGAGUUUUAGUCAGACACUUCAUCACAACGUUUUCAAUUGUGCCUAGAAAUUGAAUUACAGAACUGGUGAAAUUUGGGGGGGGUGGCCCUUGUUUGGUUUGUUUUGGUUUUUUUUUAAACAUUUCAUAGGGAAACAUUUUGGUUUCCUUUAUUAGUUUAGGUCCAAAAAGCAUUUUUUACUGGUUUUCAAAGCUGCUAACCUAUUUUAUUGCAGGAUAUGAUGUUUAAAAUAGUGCAUUAUGUUAUGGUCUCAGAGGCGGUGUUCUGGUGAUAGGGUUAAAGAUGUAUAUGUGUAUAAUUUCCCUUUUUUAAUCUGAAACUACAGUUGAAUGUUGUUCAGUAUGGCACAUAUAACAAAAUUAACUUUGAAUUUGACAUUUUUUAAAGUAUAAAAAUGGAUGCAGCUCAUAGUGUUGUGACUCAACACUAAUUUUUUUCUUCACUACUUUAAAGUCUCUAAAAAGAAUACUAAAAACAGUUGAAAACUGUUGGGGUUUUUAAAUUAAAAUUCAAAGUACUUAGAGGUUCUUUAGGGCAGUGUUCUUAACAGUAUGACAGUUACUGUCCUACCUCCUAAUAUGAAAUUUUCCAUAUAGACAUAAAAUUGCACUUUUAAAUCAAUUCUUUUAAAAAAAGGAUCUAUACCAUGCUAUAAACAUGCAUUUUCAAUCUGUAAGAAAGUAUAUAUGCAGUAUUUAUCCAGAAAAAUCUGCUGCCACUAGAGUUUGGAGGUGGAUCUUGAGUUUACAGUGUAUACAUUUAAAAUAUGCAUCCCUUUAAAAAUGCUUUGUGUUAGCAUGCUGCAAAUCCAAUGGCGCUUAUAUAACAAGCUGGUCUAGGGCUAUUUAAUGAAAAAACUGGUCAUAAAUGUUAUGCAUAUAAUGUGUAUUUUUUACCUUUUUUAGUUGCUUCAUGUUUGCACACAGUUGUUCACAUGAGAAAUUGUAACUUCAUGCUAUAUUGUGGCUUUGUGUUCCAGAUAAUGUUCAUAUUUUGUUUUUGCACCAGAUGAGAAUCAGUUCCUUGAGAAUAAUUUUUUUUUUAUAUUUCUAAACUUCAGAAAGUUAAAAUUUGGGAAAUCUCUUAGACAAAUGAGUGUUUUAUGUGGCUGUAAAAAAUGAUGUACAUGCUGUAAAAUAAGAUUGUCACUGUUCUGUGGGAUUAUUAUUUCUAAAUGUGUUACUCAUUGUAACAGGCAUACAAUAAAAUGCAUCUCUUGCACUCCAGAUUUUUUGGAGUUUCCUUUUCAUUUUUUGGUGUUUAGGAAAGCCCCAUUCUCUGUAAAUUCGCCUGAUAUGUUUAAUUGCAUUAUUCACUAAUUAAUAUGUAAUCACAUUUCAAGUAAACAGGUUACUGCAGGUCUAUUUACCAGACUGUUGAGGAGAGAACAUUAGUAUGAUUUAACCCUUUAGACUUACAGGUAAUGUAUUUGUGUUUGUUUUGCUUAUUUCUAAAAUAAUCAAAUGUGAUACUGACAUUCCUUUGAAACUUUUUUUCCCUUAAAGAGAACAAAAAACUCCCCACAUAUUUUGAAAAAAAACAGGUAGGUUUUUGUCUUUUUACCUGUGUAAUAGAACAGCUUGCAGAAUGAAAUGCUAAAAACGCCGCUAUCCUAAACUAUCUCUCUUUUUAGAAUACUUGAAUUACAUCAGUAACAGAUUAAAAAGCUGAAGAAGAACAUGUGCUAUUAAAUGAACUCUUCAUCGAGGAUUUCCAAUGGGCUUUGAGCCACUGAAGUUGUAGGUUUGGCACAAAGAGCAGAAAUUAAGCAGACAGGAAUUAAUUCAUCUGGGUUUUGUUUCUGCUUUUCCUUGCAUGCCCACCAGUCAGACGGGAAAAAAUCUUUAGUGAUUUAAAGCUGUGCAUUUCUGACUAUGUCAGUGCUUUGUUCCUGAAUGUUAUGUUGAAUACAUGGACUGAAGGAGUUUCUUCAUAGCCUGAAGAUGCUCUCUGACUCUGCCCAUGGCUGUGCUGGCUCAUUUUUCCACCCUACAGACGGACCAAAUAAUCAGGUAAUUACUGCUCUGUAGCAAAGCAGGAGGUCAGUUGCUGUUCUUGACAUAUGAUUUUACCACGAAGUGGUGUUUUAAAUCUGAAAUGCAAGGAUAAAAUGCCACCUGAAUCCUCAGCAGUUUCAAGGACAGUUCCCAAAUCCUUCUCAGUGCCCUUUCCCAGUAAAUAUUUGAGAGCUGUGACAGGUCAGGGGUGCUUCAGCAAGCAGAGCCUCAGGAAGGUGUGCAGGGCUUGCUCUGAAAUGUCAGAUCUGUUUGGUGCAGCUUUUUACUGGGCUGACAGGUGCAGUUAAAAGUGAUUCACAUUCUGAUCAUCAGCUGUGUUUUUCUUUCCUCAGGUUUCAACUGCCUGCAAUUAAAGGUAAUAAAUCAGAGAGAAAACAUCGAAGAGCUCCAGCAGAACUCUGGAGGUAAAGAUGAGGUACUGGGUGUGGGCUGGUGGCUGCUGGAGUUGUCAGGGUCUUCCCAGGCAGGGCUCUCUGGCUUUUAUUUUACAGCUGAGGCAGAGAAACUUCAAUACUGCAGAAAGGUCAGUCAAACCAAAGAAGACAGUUUUCUCCUUUUCAGUGUAAAACAAGACUGCAUUCUGGCAGAUAAAGACAGGGCAGAAUGUAUAUUGUUGUAAUUAUAUAAAGAAAAUAAUGUCUGACUUUUUUCUAAUUUGUUUCUGGAAAAAAAUGUAGAAGUCUUGGUGGACCUACUUGAACUUGAGGUAGGAAAUAAGCUGAAGUAAAAUGCUUCUACCCAGGAUUUAAAGAGCUGAGUAAAUAAGAAAAUGAGUUUCUGUAAACUCCAGCAGAAACCACAUUAGGUAAAUCAGUUCCAGUUUCACAGCAAAGAGGGGACAGCUGAGCCCACAGUAACAGGUACUUCAUAGUAAAAAAUACUAAAUUUGCUUUUUAAAUACAUAUGGUUUGAAAACAAAACCAGCCUAUAAAUAAAUGGUCAUAUGCUUUAUUUACUAGUCUAAUGCAGCUUUUUGACAACCAUUCACUGCUUUGUGUUUUCUGUGAGUAAAAAGUGUAGUUUACAACCUUUGCUCUGUAGCAUUUACAGGGUCUGGUGGUCUUCUGAUUCUUAGAGGAGCUGUCCUUGCUACCCCCAGGAUAGAGAGCUGGCUGGCCCGAGCAGCAACCUGGGCUUUUUCUAAGCAGGCUGCAGCUUUCCUGGCUGCCCCAGGAUGGUGUUUCCACUUGGGAUGGAUCAGCUGGAUUUGAAAAGAGCAUUUGCCUGGUGGUGGCCUUCGCCAUACAACUGUCUCACCACGCUCAGCACCUCCUGGUCUGAGCCCUGUCCCUCCUUAAGGGAGUUCCCUGUGUGCCUUGUGCUGUGCCAUGGAGUGGAGGAAACACAGGUUGGUGUCACUGAGGGGCUGGUUGGGAAAUCCAUGGCUGGGAUGAGGCAUCAGAAACUGUGGCCAUUAAUAACCCCCAUUUCUGCCCUUUGUAGCUUUGUCCGAGCUGUGGGAAACCCCUGGCCCUGGUGGGAGCACAAGGAGCACCUGCACCCAGACACCUGCACAGGCUGAAGGAGGGGACCAAACUGGUGAAACUGCAGGCCCAUCUCAGCCUGGACACACUCAAAAAGCAGCAGCAGGACCAGGUUUUACUCAUGGCUCUUUGCUCAGUCCUGAAAAGCACAAGGCCAGCUGGACAUCCA